AUGAAACAUUUGCACGAUUAUUUUAAAAGUUAUGGAGAAAUUAUUAAGUGUAAACUAUCUGCUGGAGAAUGCAACAAAUACAAUAAUUAUGUUAGUUAUAUUAAGAAUUUGUAUGACAAACAUUAUAGAGACUGCUGUUUUUUAUACAACUGUAUUGAUGAAUACUUUGAAUGUGAUAGCAAGUACAAUCCAACUACAGUCCUUUCUGUAUCAAGAGACAAUGUUGACACAUCACGUGAUAGAAAAGAAAUUAAUCAGAAUGCAAAAGAUGGAGAACAAAGCAAUAUAGACAUUCCCAAUUUAAAGAAUAACAUGAAUAUUGCUUACCUGAAGUGUUUUAGUUCUUAUUAUGAAGAGAUCCCAAACAUGCAUUUCCUUCUAAAAAUGAAGCAGUUGUUUAUACUAGGUAUGGGAAAAAAUUGA